AGGCGCCCACCUCUACGUUACAGUCGACCACCAUGAUCAUGGGAUGACUCGUCGACAGCGUGCGCUUUCUCCUCAUGAAUAUACUUCUAUCUAAUAUGAUUCCAGCUCUUUUUAGACGAAAGGGAUUCCAUGAACGGUCUCAACAUUGCGUACAACAUGGCUGUGGUCUGAACGCAAAACGGCUGGGGUUACAUCUAGUUAAUCUGUCUAUCUUUACAGCGGGAUCUAUUGUACUACAACCUAUACGCACGGAAGACGAUACCCUGUGACCUACUUGAACCUUCGCAAGGUCGGCACGCCUUCGAAGUUAGGAACUGACCAAAUAAGAUGGGCGCGUAGGAUUGCCUCAUUUCCUCCUGCUGGCGGCAUAAACUGGGAUAACUAUCUUCACCACAUAGUCUAGAUAGCUUCGAACCCCGUUUCCGUGUUUUUUUUCCCCCUUCCAUCGUUCAGCUAUCAUGGCUUCUACACUCGAAUCCCUCGAGAAAGAUGCUGUAUCCCAAGAGUUCGUUGAUAUACUGACCAAGGAUCCGGGUUGCCUGAAGUUGUCGGAGGAAAUGGAGGAUAUGCCCGAGAAAAUUCUCGAGUCUCUCGACACCUACAAGCAGGAUAUCAGGAUACUCAGCGUCAACGCCCUAGGUGUCGAGAAAGAUUUCACCGACAUUCUAGGUAUCUUGAAAAGGGCUGCGACUACUCCGUCUACUAUACGUCGUGACGUCUUGAAACUAAUCUCGCGAUGGGAAGAUCUUCGACAGACGUACGCACGUCUAUUGUGGCGCUCUCGCGACACAGCUGGUGCAGCCCGUGUUGCGGCGGAUGACUUUUCCCGAGUCUUCAUCAAACGUGUUCUGCUGAACCGGAAAGUAUCCAUGACAAGGAUGAAGCUCGAGAUAGAGGAUUAUACCUCGAAAUUAGAAAGAGACAAGAGGCGUGCACAAGAGCUGGUUGAUAGUUUCAAGCAUCUUCAAGACGAUAUUACGGCUUUCAGGGACGAUUGGUCUGAAACUGUGAUUCGUGCCAACGCUGGUCAAGACACGGCUAUAAUCAAGAUCAACGAAGAGAUAACAGAAUUAGACUGGAAGAUCAGCACUUUGCAGGUCAAGAUCAAUGAGCUGCGGGAAUCCUUGUCAAGUCGAGCGGCUGCCGUUGGAGGUAGUUGGGGCCUUCUUGCCUGUUUAUGUCCAAGUUUCUGGUUACGAUGCGGGGUCCUUGUCGUCAGUGCUGGUGCCUUCUACUUCAAACGUCGUCAACUGAACUCAAAGAUCACAGACAUUGUGAAGGAACGAGAGGAGCUUCGUUCUCUACGCGAGCGGAAGCAGCGUGAUUUGCAAGCCAUUUCUGCCCUGAGCGUUGGAUUAGUCAUGUCCGACGAUAAAUUCAAGGACAUGUUGAACAGACUAGGUGCCUUUGCUCGGAUCUGGGGGGCGAUUCAAGCUGACUUGCAUGUAAUCCGCGGGUAUCUUGACGAGGCACUCCGGACUGCCGACCAUGAUGAGACCUCUCGCCAAAUCUUUGAUGAUCGCAUCCAGAUGGUCUUCGAGCAAUAUGUGGUCCUCGGAAAGGUCUUCCGGGAAUAUCAAAUUGCUGUCGACCCAAACAGCCCCAUUUUCAAAGACUUUGGCAGGGAGUUAUGAUCUCAGGGACUUUAUAUGGUUUCCGAGUAAAGGUAGACGCUAGCCUAGGCCAGAAGGUUCAUCUGGAAUGAUCAGAGCUCUGCGGAGGCCGUGUAUUUUCAUUUGGGCCACAACUCCUCUGUUCACGUCUUGUUAUAUUGUUGCUUCGGGUCGAGGAGUCUCCGACUUCUGAAGUGUAAUGGACAGAGCUUCCUCUAUGCCGUGCAUGCCGUUAUUAUACUCACCCAUUCCGUUGGCC